AUGGCGAACAAUGCAAAUUUACUAAACGUGAAAAGUGAAGGGGACUAUGGCAAGCUAAACACCUUUUUCUCAGAACACUCGUAUUAUCAAAACCAUAUGCUAAGUGCAAUGGAUUUAAAGAUUUAUAAUCAAAUAAAAUGUGUAAUAAACCAAGAUACUUAUCCUCACUUGUAUCGUUGGUAUAAACAUAUAAGUUCUCUACCAAGUUAUGUAAUAGAUCAGUUUAAGGAUCCAAGUGAAAAAGGGAAAAAAAGUCAACAAGGAAAUAAUGCUUCAGAAAAAAAAACAUCACAAGAUGAUGAUGUUGAUAAUGAUAUUGAUCUAUUCGGGGAUAGUAAUAAUAAUGAUGAUAAAAAUAUUUUGUUAGAUAAGAAGAAACAGAAAGAAGAAGAAUUGAAGAAAAAAAAACAAAAGGAAAAAGAAAAAAAUAGGUCCAUAUUAAUUAUAGAAAUUAAACCCAAAUCAAUUGACACAGACAUUGCUAAAAUACCCAAACUUGUGAAACAGAAAAUUGUUGAUGAAAAUAUUAAAUGGGGAGAAGAAGUAAAAAAAUUACCUGUAGCUUUUGGUUUAUACAAACUUCAAAUGUCUUGUAUUAUUUAUGACGAUUUUGUCAAUACGAAUGAAUUAAUAGAGAAAAUUGAAAAUGUGGACUUGGAUAAUGAGGAAGAUAAAAUAAAGAGGAAAUUAAUUCUAGGUCUUGAUGAAGAAGAAGACGGGGAUAAAGAUGAAGAGGACGAUAAUGAUGAGCAAAAUCAGACACACGUGAAUUAUGAAGAUGUCGAAGACGAUCUCGACUUUUUGGUUCAGUCCGCUGAGAUUGUUACCUUUAACAAAUUGUGA